UCCUCUCGUCGCUUCCGCUAUCGCGAUACUUCCGCUAUCGCGAUACUUCCAAUUGGAGACUUUGAGAUCUCGCGAGACCUGCAAGUGUACUGGCCUCUCCAAGACGGCGUGCUUCAUGGCGGUGACGGAGACUGCGAAGUUGUUGAGUUGUUAAAGCUUCCCCGUCAGUCCUCUUCUCCUGACUGGACCCAGCCAUUAGCGGGUUGUGUAGGGAGGUGAAGCUCUGACGAUGGAGAAUGGACAGGGCACAGGCUCCAAGCUGGGUCUGCCUCCUCUUACCCCAGAGCAGCAGGAGGCCCUUCAGAGGGCGAAGAAGUAUGCCAUGGAACAAAGCAUUAAGAGUGUGUUGGUGAAGCAAACCAUCGCCCAUCAGCAACAACAGCUCACCAACCUGCAGAUGGCAGCAGUGACAAUGGGCUUUGGAGAUCCUCUCUCACCUUUACAAUCGGUGGCAGCUCAGCGGCAACGUGCCCUAGCCAUCAUGUGUCGGGUGUAUGUGGGCUCCAUAUACUAUGAGCUCGGUGAGGACACCAUCAGACAGGCCUUUGCCCCCUUUGGCCCAAUCAAGAGCAUUGACAUGUCUUGGGACUCUGUUACAAUGAAACACAAGGGGUUUGCCUUUGUGGAAUAUGAUGUGCCAGAGGCUGCCCAGCUGGCUCUGGAGCAGAUGAACUCAGUCAUGCUGGGGGGGAGAAACAUUAAGGUUGGGCGGCCAAGUAACAUCGGUCAGGCGCAACCCAUCAUUGACCAGCUGGCAGAGGAGGCGCGCGCCUUUAAUCGGAUCUACGUGGCGUCCGUCCACCCCGACCUCUCAGACGAUGACAUCAAGAGUGUGUUUGAGGCCUUCGGAAGGAUCAAGUCUUGCACGUUAGCCAGAGACCCAACCACAGGGCGACACAGAGGCUUUGGCUUCAUUGAGUACGAAAAGCCUCAGUCAGCCCUGGACGCUGUGUCUUCUAUGAACCUCUUUGACCUGGGGGGUCAGUACCUACGCGUGGGCAAAGCAGUGACACCGCCCAUGCCCCUACUGACCCCCACGACCCCCGGUGGUCUGCCGCCUGCUGCAGCUGUGGCCGCAGCGGCAGCCACUGCUAAGAUAACGGCCCAGGCAAGUAUGAAUCCCUUCCAAAGGGAUUUAAUGGCCUUCCAGGAGGCUGUAGCCGGAGCUUCAGUCCUGGGGGCGUUAGCCGCACCCCAGCUUCUCAGUCAGCAAAUGGGAAUACCUCAGGCUGUUAUGGCGGCCCAGGCACCUGGGGUAAUCACAGGUGUGACUCCAGUGCGUCCUCCCAUACCAGUGCUCCCCCAGGUUGGACUUGUGAACCCUGUGCUCGCAUCGCCGCCAGUCCUGUCGAAUCAAGCCGGUGGUUCCAACCAACAAGAGAGGAAAGAGGAGAAGGAGGAGAUGCUGCAGGACGGUACGGGGCAGGAGAUGUUGAGCGACCAAGAACACAUGAGCAUCUCGGGCAGCAGUGCCAGACAUAUGGUGAUGCAGAAGCUGCUAAGAAAAUCAGAGUCCACAGUGAUGGUGCUUCGAAAUAUGGUUGGACCCGAGGACAUCGACGACGACCUGGAGGGUGAGGUGACAGAAGAGUGCGGGAAGUUUGGCGCCGUCAACAGAGUCAUCAUAUACCAAGAAAAGCAAGGAGAAGAAGAGGAUGCAGAUAUCAUUGUCAAAAUUUUUGUAGAGUUUUCCAUGGCCUCAGAGAUGAACAAAGCCAUCCAGGCCCUCAAUGACCGCUGGUUUGGAGGUCGCAAAGUUGUCGCAGAGGUCUACGACCAAGACCGUUUCAACAGCAGUGACCUCUCUGCAUAAAGUGUCUGUAAAUGGUUUACCAGCACCCAUCAUCCCUAUACCUGUCACCCAAACUCAUUUCAGUCAACGUCACUAGCUAGAGAUACGGGCCUCUGAAAUUUGUAAUUAUGUUCAUUUCUUUUUUAAAUUGCUGUUGAUAUUCAUGUCAAAACGCCCCAUUGGGGGGCAUUCAUUUAAAAAUAUUUACCUGUUAAUUUUUUUGUUUCUGUGAAGACCUUUUUGGUGCAAGUUUCAAAUAAUUUGUUUUCCAAUCUUGUAACACAUUUACGUUUUCCUACUUUAGCUCCUUCUUAUCCUUUUAAGAAGUUGCCGGGAUAGUAAACGCUUUUUCUUUCUACAAUUAAAGGUUAUUGUUUGUCCA